AUGGCAGCUGAUACCAACAGUCGUGAAUCUAACUGCACUGUCUUCCCAACUUGCAAUGACACUUUCAUCUCAACCAACACCGCUCCCCUCUCAGAGGACAAGCGCGCAACUAACUGCACCACCUUUCCAACGAGUGAUGCCCUGUGUAUAUCUGCCGACGGACCUGUGACCGAGAAUCGCACUAAUCAACAUCAAGAGGCACGGCAGAACCUUGACAACGAUCUUUGGCGGGAAAAUAGUCUUGCGCAGGCACUCGCUGGCCGAGCCGCAUCCAGUGGCAAACGCCCAGCGAGACACUCACCAGAAACAGAAGCACGGGACGGCAAGCGGGUCGCGAGUCCUUUCUGCCAGGAAGGAUCGCCAUGGCCCAAGUACCAUCAGUUCGCGACACUUGGAACAUCUGGAACCACGUUCCUAGCUGUCGACCAUACCGGGCAGUCACCACGUAUCGUCGCAGUUAAAGAAGUGAAGAUCUUCGAUCUGAAGCUGACGCGAAGUCUCGUGAGAAUAGUACACCAAAAUAUUGUCACCCUGCAAGAGGCAUGGUUGAGUACCGAUAAGGUCUACUUGGUCUACGAACGGAUGGACAUUACGCUGGACAGGCUUCAACAGUUUCAUCAAUUUAAGGAAGAGCAUAUUUCCACUGUCCUGAAUGCUUUAGCAUUCGUUCACAAUGAGCUUCAAGUCGUCUAUGUUGGCUCUCUCUACGAUCAUGUAUACUUUUCGUACGAUGGAGCAGUUAAGCUCGGUAGGACUGGCCUUUCCACAACCAAGAGAUAA